UCCAUGUCCAAGUCACUCCCUUAAGAAACACUCGAAAAACCAAAACCAGAACGACGAAACGCAUACCUCAGUCUCCCCGAAAACGGCCAUGGAACCCUAGGAGAGCCCGAACGAACGGAGACGAACACGACAUAGUAACUGAACUGCUUGCGCUCGCUCGCUCGCUCUCGCUCCAUAUCUUCGGAUUCUUCUUCCAUGGCGACCGCCAGAAACUACAUUUGCCGGCCAAGCUACCGGUUCCUCGACGCCGACCUCGCCGCCUCCGCGUCCCGCGACUCCUCCUCCUUCGAACUCGACGAGUCCGACCUCUACAGCUCCCCCCGCCCCGACUCCCCCGACUCGCGCGGCGACCGGCCCGCUCCCAACGCCCGGAUCCGCAAGAAGCCGUCCGCCGCGAGGCACCCCUCGCUGCCGGUGAACGUGCCGGACUGGCCGAAGAUCCUGAGGGGGGAGUACAGGGAGAACCGGCGGCGGGACAGCUUGGAGAACGGCUUCUUCGACGACGACGACGACGACGACGACGCCAAGGACGACGGGGUAGAAGAGGACGGGGGUCGCGGCGGAAAUGGUGGGGGGCGGAGGGAUAGGAGGUGGGUGCCGCCGCACGAGCUCGCGGCGAGGACGGCGAGGACGGCGACGGCGACGGCGUCGUCGUCGUCGGUGACGCUGAAGGGAAGGGACUUGAGCAGAGUCCGGAACGCCAUCUGGGCCAAAACCGGUUUCCAGGAUUGAUGAACUUCUGAGGGAGGGAUCGUCAUUUUCUUCCUUUUCCGAGAUUUCUAAUUCGAAGAUUUUUUUUUUCUUUCUUUUUUUCCUUAAUUGAUUUUUUUAGUUAUUGCAUGGCA